AACGACCCUGCGCGGGGAGCGUGUCGUGUGGAUUCUCGGCUCUCGCGUCUCGUGCAACUUUGCUCCGUAUUGUGGCACACGCACAACGGACAGCCUCGUGCGCUCGUUACACAGCCGCACGUUUACGGCCAGCCUCGUCGCCUGCCCGAGGACUCGACCGGUGGAAACGGAAGUAGCAGAGGCAACGGUUAACAGCAACGAGACUCCGCAAUUUUUCGCGAGGGUACCUGCUCGUCCGCCUCGCGACAAGUGAAACACCGUCGUCCCGGGUGAAAGUGAAGCUUUUCAAAGCCGGGACCGGGCUCGCGCGAGGCUUCCGAAAAUCGUUUUCUCCGCGCGAACGCUCGGGACCUUCGCUCCCGGAACCCCGAUCCAGCGUCGACGUAUCCGCGAUCGGCACCCUCGUCGGGGGCUGGAAACGCGGCCGGAGACGGUGCCGGACGGGAAACCCCAGCAGUUGGUAUCCGAAACUCCGUAAGGAUACAGGACACCGGGCGGAGGCUCGCUUCGCCGCAGGUGUUGACGAGAGAUACGCGUGCGGGAGCAACGCGUCGCGUUGACUCGCGACUUCCAGUUGGCGACGGCGUCGACGUCCACGGCGAACGAACGCGUCCCGGGGAUGUAAAACGGGACGAGAUAUUCGUGAAUCCGGUCAAGGCCCGCCGGCGUUUGUCGACGAUCGUGCGAACGGCCGGCCGCGAGCGGUUGUGUCGUACGCUUGCACGCUGCGUGGCUCCUAAGUGUGUCAGUAGGAUAACCGACGACGUUUACGUUUGGUUUAACUCACGCUGGACCAUCCACGAGCCACGGCGUUUGCGCUCCCGCGAGGACAAUUGGGUGUGCGUUUUCUUUACGGCGCGGACCGCGGGCCGACGGGGUUUACGUUUAAAGGACGACCACGACCCUCGGCCCAGGUAAAUCCCCCGCGCGCGUGGUACACCGCCCAUAAUUAUCUCGAGGCAGUAUGAUCACGGAAUCGACUGUCCGUGAUCGCGCCAGGACCGGGGACAAUUGAAUAAGAAACGACGUUAGAACCAAUGCCAAUUGGCGGACCAAUUGAUUGUCUGUCGUGCCUUCUCGAAGGGAUCAUCCGUGCCAAUCGUCGUCGUCGUCAAUUAGCCGGCGAGAACCGGAAGCGCGAAUUAUCGUCCCCGCGUGUCUCGCAGCAGCAACAAGCGCCGCACCGUUGUCACGCGAAAAAUCCGACUUAUGUCGAUCGCCGGCCUGCCGUCCCCUGCCUCUUUCUUCCUGCUUCUUUUUUGUCUUCACUCCCGCUGACAUUGCUCGCGCCGCGACGGCAGUGACGUACGCGGCACACAUCGCACCCCGGGCACGCCGUCCCGCGAUGGAGGAGGAGGAGAGCCUCGUGGCGAGCGACAGCGCCUCGACCCCGUCCAAGAAGGAGAGCGGCUAUUUCGAGGAAAACUGCGGUGACCUGAGCGACGUCAUAUUCAGUAAUUACAAUCACUACGGGGCGCUCCUCAGCGUUGACACCGCCGGCAUUCUGAUCGCCAACGAGGCCAGGCGCUCGGACCACUGGGAGGGCAGCAGGCAAGGAUCCUCCUUUUCUUCCGGCUUGGUCGAGGAUAUAAAUGACCUUGACGUCAACGACUCCGACGAGGCUAAGGACGACGUCGUUAUCCAGGACCGUGAUGAAGCUAAGCGCGACUUGGUCGAGGGCAACGUCGCGGUCGUUAACGGCCGCGAGGCCACCAAGGAGCUUACCUGUAGCCACGGGGACUCCGAGGCGAUCCACCGCAGCCGCAAAGAGUCCAAGACAAUCGUCAGCUCCGAGGGACCCACGCGCAAGGGCUCGAGAGCAGUCCUCUACGUUCGCGAGGACUCCAAGGCGGUCGUCUACAUCCACGACAGCUCGGAAAUAAUCGAUUGCACCGGGGAGGAUUCGACGAACGUUGCGUGUACGAGCCCCUCCAUCAUCGUCGAAGAUUGGGACGACGUGGAAACACCUGGCACAGUGAACCUAGCGGACAACGGCAGCCAGAAAGUGGACAUGACACACUUCGACCUGCUGAAAGUCCUCGGCACCGGAGCUUACGGCAAGGUUUUCCUGGUGCGGAAGAGAACGGGUGCCGACGCCGGACGGCUUUACGCCAUGAAGGUGCUGAAGAAGGCCUCCAUCGUGCAGAAGAAGAAGACGACCGAGCACACCAAGUCCGAGCGGCAAAUUCUGGAGGCCAUCAGGGACAGCCCGUUCCUGAUAACUCUCUACUACGCGUUUCAAACCGACGACAAACUCUGCUUGAUCUUAGAAUAUGUCGCCGGUGGUGAAAUGUUUACGCAUCUGUAUCAGCAUGAUUGCUUCACGGAGGACGCAGUGCGAUUUUAUAUCGGCGAAAUUAUCCUGGCGCUGGAGCGCCUUCAUGACCUUGGCGUAAUCUAUCGGGACAUCAAACUCGAGAAUAUACUCUUGGAUAAGGAGGGGCAUCUCGUGUUGACGGAUUUCGGUCUCAGUAAAGAGUUCCUACCGCACGAGAGGAACGGUAACGCGCGUACUUACUCGUUUUGCGGAACUAUCGAGUACAUGGCACCGGAAGUGGUAAAGGCCGGCCCGAACGGCCACGAUAUCGCCGUAGAUUGGUGGAGCGUGGGCGUGCUAACGUUUGAAUUACUGACCGGUGCGUCGCCGUUUACGGUGGAGGGCGAGAAGAAUAACCAGCAGGAAAUCUCGAGGAGGAUACUGAAGAACGAUCCGCCGCCGAUGCCGAGCCACCUGAGCGCCAACGUGAGCGACUUCAUCACCCGCUUGCUGGUCAAGGAUCCGCGGCAGAGGCUGGGCGGUGGGCCGCGCGACGCUAAGGAGCUCAAGGAGCAUCCCUUCUUCAUGGACGCGGCGCCGGCCUUCACUUGGGACGGCCUGGAGAAGAAGCAGAUCAAGCCGCCUCUGGUCCCCAAAAUCACGCACGAAUUGGACACCAGCAACUUUUCCGACGAAUUCACGAAGAUGAACGUUGCCGUCGACAGCCCGGCGGUCGUUGACGGUGACUACCCUGAUAAGCAUUUCAGGGGUUAUUCGUAUGUAGCGCCUUCGAUACUGUUCACCGACAACGUGGUGAGCAGAGAUAUCUUCGGUGGCGAGGAAAGUACCAGUUCGCAGCGGCCUUUGUUGUCCGAUCUGCUCAACACGUGUUUCGAGGAGUCCACGUUCUUCCAGACGUACGAGCUAGACCAAGCGGGACCAGCUCUGGGCGACGGCAGCUUCUCGAUUUGUCGACGGUGUCAUAACCGCAAGACCAAGCAGGAGUACGCCGUGAAGAUCGUCAGCAGGCGGGUGGAUUGCAGCCGGGAGGAGAGUCUGUUGCGUGCGUGCCAGCGUCACGCGAAUGUAGUGAAAUUGACAGACGUCCAUCACGAUAGGCUUCACACGUAUAUCGUGAUGGAAUUGCUCUCGGGUGGGGAAUUGUUGCAACGACCGCGACCGUUCUCGGAACGGCAGGCGAAGCGGGUGAUGCGACAAUUGGCAUCCGCGGUGCGAUACAUGCAUUCGCGCGGUGUGGUGCACCGUGAUCUCAAGCCAGAGAACAUCGUGUACGUGCAUCAAGGCGAGGACUCGUCGGUGAAGAUAGUCGACUUUGGAUUCGCCAGGAUGAAGAACAGCUGCGAGCCACUGCACACGCCCUGCUUCACGCUCCCGUACGCUGCUCCGGAGGUUGUGGCCAAUCAGGAGUACGACGAGAGCUGCGACAUGUGGUCCUUGGGGACCAUUCUGUACUUCAUGCUGUCCGACAAUCCACCCUUUCGCACGGACGCACCUAACGUGGCGAUGCGCAUCAAAACCGGUGAGAUUAAUUUCGACGGUGAAGCCUGGAGCCACGUGUCCGCCGGUGCGAAGCAAGUGAUGAAAGGCUUGCUGAUGAUCGAUCCCAACAACAGACUCACCGCGGCUUCUCUGGUGUACCACCCGUGGCUGACGAUGCACGACGCGACGGUUCUUCCGGUGACGCCCAUUACGGACGCAGCUCACGCGGAUAGCGCGGCAGCCGCCAGUUCAACGUCGACCCACGAGCGCGAGGGUUUCCGAUUGCGCGCCGUUGACGCCGCCAAGCUGGCUCAGCGACGCAAGCACAAACGUUCCAAUUCCAGUUCCUCGACGUCGAGACCGUCUUCUUCCUCCUCCUCGAGUCCGUCGUCAGUUCAGUUGCUGCAUCUACCAAGCGCCACGCACAGCGCCGCGAACACUUCCACCUCGUCACCAAGCGUCUUCGACUUCAACGACGAAGUUGUUAACGAGUACCUGAGUUCCCUGUCUUCUUCUUCCGACUCGAAUUCCUCGAUAAGACUCUCGCUCCUGCAGGAAUUGGAGCGGACCGCGAAGAAGCGGGCCAAACGCAACGCCGACCAUGAAUCGUCGUGUCAGCAGAUGAUCCCGACGAAGAAGCAUCAUCGACACCGACGUGACGUCGACAGCGAGACCAGCGGCAGCAGUAGUAGCGGGCCAAUGACGCGAUCGCGGAAACGUAAACUCGAACAGACCAAUUCGGACAGAGAUGUAGGGUCUGACAAUUCCGCGGAGUCGUUCGAGUCGUCCUCGCAGGCCGCGAAUGACGAAAGGGACGUUCAUAGGAGACAUAAAGCUGGCAAGCGGCCAAAACGCCUCGCCACGAUUAUAGUCGAGUAAAGUUUUCCUACUUAUGCUUGGUCCAGUAACGCUCCAAUAAAUUCACACACCUUGUUUCCUAUGCAUUUUACACGGUAUAUAACACCGCUGCCUUCUGCGUUCGUAAUGGACGCGAAACAUCGCAUCAUUCCUAUCUCACCACAAUUUUAGAAUAUCGUAUAUAGAUAUAUAACUAGCUAUAACAUGACUAUGCCAUCCCAUCUUCUCUAAAUCUUGGUCCAUUUUCUAUCUAAGUAAUUAUAUAAUUGAAAAGUGCAUUCUUAUACGAUGAUUUUAAAUACAUCGGAUAGAUACGAGAGAUGGACGUGUAUAAAACGAUAUUAUAUCACUGUGGUCAGGGUCUCAAAGUAUCGACGUUUCUCCGCGAGAAUCCACGCGAUACACAGAAUUUAUUACGCAGUGUACAGAAUUUUAUUUUUAUUACCGCUGUCAGAGAGAACGAGACGACGAGAUGUAAGUGGGCGGAUGCGAAUAGGAUGGUGAAUCGUUUUGUUGCGUUAAACUGGGAUUGUCUGUGAUUAUAGUGCGAGGACGACAAAACGUUUGUAAGUUAUUGUAACUUAUUACACGCACUCCCGUUAAAAUUUUCUUCCGACGUCACUUCUGCGACCGAUAAUCAUAGGGAUGACGAUAUAGCGAUUAACUAGCCAGUACGAAGAAAAUUUUAGCGAUUGCUUAUGCCGAGCGUAUAUGUGGUGUAUGUGCCUCAAAAACUCAUUUCGCUAUGAGUACAGUAAAGAUAUUAAUGUAGUAGGAAUGACGCGCGAUUACGCGAAGCUAACAAAAGCAACUGUUAUUACCAGUGGUACCUCAACGACGGGAAAAAAAAGGAAAAAAAAUAUAUUUAAAAGAUACGAUUUGUUAAAAAAAAAAGAAAAUUAUAUACACUUAAGCACUCUUUUACGGAUAGUGUUAUUAAGAGUAACGGUUAUAUUUAUGUGACUUGAAGAAAAACUUUGUGUAUAGAAAAAUUUUGUUUAUAUAAUUACACGUUAAAUAUUCUAUUAAUUUUUACAGAUGACUAUAUAAAACGAAAUGACGAUGUUUAUCGACUAGAUGAUAAGUAAAAUCGAAAAGAAUUUCUAUUCAGUAUUUAACGUGUUUCUUUUUCGCGAGAAACGUUGCACGUUUCGUCACACUUGGGUGUAUUCGUGUAGUAUUUGACACAUGUGACAAUUUUGAGAAUGAUGGAAAUGAAUGAGCUACGAGGGAGCACUCAGAGCGCUAUGAGAAAAUGAAAUUAGAUUUAAUUGAAAGUCAGAUUGUUAUAAUUUUGUGAUCUAAUGCGUUAUCGUUUAUCAUUAAUUCGCGAUCAAUGUAAUUUCUCAUAAUUCGGGAGUUGAUCAGGUAUCGACUUGUAUAAGCGAAGGAAUUGGUUCGCCAAUGAAUUGUAAAUUAUCUCGGACUUGUACGUUUGUGCCCGCCUUCUUCCAAGUUUUCGAAACGCGAAGUAUGCGGGAAGAGAAUAUUUCGUUUUCCCACGUGACAGAGCCCGUGUCUCACGAAAGGGGGGGACUUACGAAAAGAAAACGACACAUUUCCGGCCUCGAAUUUUCGUUUCAAUUUGUUAGAUAUCGCUGUGUUUAUACUAGUGAGACGAUUAUCAUUAAUCAUCGUGUAAUAUUUGCUGUGAGAGAUGAUGUAACAAAAUGGUAAAGACUGAAAUGCGGUUGUAUAUCAACUCAGGGAACAGACGCGUUAAUUGAGUAACGUUUGUGUUAUCUUGUUACGAGAUAGCGUUAUGCAGAAGAAAAGCAUGCGUGCAUGCUUCUACCAAAGAUGACUGAAGCGACACUCCUCUGUUAAACCAAAUAAAGUGCGGUGUGUAGCGGAGAGAAGCUAUACGUGAGAUAUCGAAUUUAACGUGUAUAAUAACAGUUAUUAUAUAUAUAGAUAUCUAAAUCGCAGAGAUGUCACAGAUUAUAUCUAUAUAUUUAAUAUAUCGUGUCGCUAGAGAAUCGUAUUCUUUAACAAGGAGAGAUAUAUACAUUUAUACAUGUGUAUAUUAUAUAUAUACAUAUAUAUGUCUAUCUAGAAUUACAAAAGUCAUUUGAAAUCGUGAACUUUAUAAGUUAACAUCGGUUGCCUGCAGAACAAAUUUUUUUCUAAGGAUAUAUUGUUACGUUAGGAACGCUCUUUCAGGGUUCGAAGAAUGUAUACAUAUGUAUAUAUAAAUAUUAAUAUAAAUAUAUAUGAACAGUUACACAGGUCGAAGCUUGUACCAUACGAGAGUGCUGUUCUGUUGCUAUAAAUACGUAAAAGAGACACCUACCUUUGUUACCACUGGUUGUUAAAAUAUAUCAUAAUGCAAUAUUUAUUUAUAAAA